GUUGACAGAUCCCUUUCCCUCUCACAGCCAUUCACACUGAGUGCAGCACAAGGGAUCAGGGUUUCUGAUUUCAGCAACAGCUCCUUGGCCAUGAUGACUAGGAUGAGAAUUUGGAGGAAAAUCUAUCCUGAAAACUUCUAUUUGCCGCGUUCCCAUGUACCCACAGGGACAAGGCUGCGUCCUUCAGAGAGGACGGGCAGAGGCCCUCAUGGCAAACUGAACCUCCUGAAAUGUAGAUCACAUCACGGAGCUGACUGAGCACUUUGCACAGAGAAAGACUGGACACUAACAUUUGUUUUCCUUGGACAGGUUCUUGUGGCCAAAUGCAGCAGAUGCCCAACAGCAGCUCCAUCAGCGACUUCCUCCUCCUGCCGUUCGCAGGCACGCGACAACUGCAGCUCCUGCUCUUCUGCCUCUUCCUGGCCAUCUACCUGGCUGCCCUCCGGGGCAAUGGCCGCAUCAGCACAGCCGUAGCCUGCCACCACCACCUGCACACCCCCACGCACUUCUUCCUCCUCAACCUCGCCCUCCUGGACCUGGGCUGCAUCUCCACCACUCUCCCCAAAGCCAUGGCCAAUGUCCUCUGCGACACCACCACCAUCUCCUACUCUGGAUGCGCUACCCAACUUCUUUUCUUUCUUUUCAUGGAUGGAGCAGAGUAUUCCCUUCUCACCAUCAUGUCCUAUGACUGCUAUGUUGCCAUCUGCAAGCCCCUGCACUACGGGACCCUGGUGGGCAGCAGAGCUUGUGCCACCAUGGCAGCAGCUGCCUGGGGCACUGGGGUUCUCCAUGCUCUGCUGCACACUGCCAGCACAUUUUAUAUACCACUCUGCCACAGCAAUGCCGUGAACCAUUUCUUCUGUGACAUCCCCCAGAUCCUCAAGCUCUCUUGCUCUGGUUCUUACCUCAGGGAAAUUGGACUCGUCAUAUUUGGUGCCUUAAUCUUUUUUGCUUGUUUUUUGUUCAUGGUGCUGUCCUAUGUGCGGAUCUUCAGGGCCGUGCUGAGGAUGCCCUCUGAGCAGGGACAGCACAAAGUCUUUUCCACGUGCCUCCCUCACCUGGCCGUGGUCUCCCUGUUUCUCAGCAUUGCCAUGUUAGCCUACCUGAAGCCGCCCUCCAUCUCCUCCCCAUCCCUGGACCUGGUGCUGGCACUGUUAUACACAGUGGUACCUCCAGCAGUGAACCCCCUCAUCUACAGCAUGAGGAACCAGCAGCUCAGGGAUGCCCUCAGGAAACUCUUGCAAGACACAUUCCUUCAGCAUCAGUAAAAUGCUCUUCAUGGGACGAUCAAAAAUUCAGGAAAAGCUUGGACUGCCUUUAUUUCAUCUCUUUCCCCCUCCCUCCAAAACUCUUAAUGCAAUUAUAAUUUUAAUUCCAAUGAAGUAACACUAUUCAUCACAUUUCUUUUUUAUUUUCUACGUUUUUCUUCUGGCUGGCAAUCCUCAUGUAAAAAAGUAGCCAGGCUCUUUGCAGAGAUAGAGAAAUCAUCAGAAAGUCAUUGAUCUCAGCUCCCAUCUUCUCCGGAUGACAGAGAGGAGCCCUUGGUUCCUUGAUGCAGGAACCAGGAGCCCAACUGCCACACGGAGCAGCAGCCCUGGUGUCGGUGGGGCUGCCCCUCACCGCCCCAUGGGCGCUCCCUCUCUGCUGCCUUUGACUCGGGCUGCUGCUUCCCUGGUGCCAUGGCCAUGGGCAGCAGCAGGACGUGGUCUUUUCAGUGCUGCUCUCUUCACACCACCACACCGUUCUCCUUCCUCCGUGCCAUUGUGUCAGCCCUCAGGUCCCGUGUUACGCAGCAGACCAAGG